AGGGCCAGGGAGGUUGGGAAAAUCUGGAGAGCUGAAGAAGAGGCGGAGCUCCAUCCCAGCCUGAACAUCGCUUCCUCUCUGACUGAUCAGGCUUGUGAUGAAGUCAGUAAACCACAGCCUUCAGCAUGCUCUGCUGGGUCUGUACCAGUGGCUUCCAGCCGGUGUCUCGGCCAUGACUCGCGUUGGACAUGCCCUCCCUUAACCCAGUUGUACCUGAUCUCUCUCGCCCUGCAGCAUGGACGAAAGGGAAAUUCUGCAGAGGUUCCUGGAUGAGGCCCAGAGCAAGAAAAGUAACAAGGAGGAGUUUGCCAAUGAAUUUCUGAAGCUGAAAAGACUCGCCACCAAGUAUAAGGCAGACAAAACCUAUCCCUCAACUGUGGCUGAGAGGCCCAAGAAUAUCAAGAAAAACAGAUAUAAGGAUAUCUUGCCCUAUGAUCAUAGUCGAGUAGAGCUGUCCUUAAUAGCCUCUGAUGAAGAUUCCAGUUACAUCAAUGCCAAUUUCAUUAAGGGAGUUUAUGGACCCCAGGCUUAUAUUGCUACGCAGGGACCUUUGUCUACAACUCUCCUGGAUUUCUGGAGGAUGAUUUGGGAAUACAGUGUCCUGAUCAUUGUUAUGGCAUGCAUGGAGUUUGAAAUGGGGAAGAAAAAGUGUGAGCGCUAUUGGGCUGAGCCGGGAGAGAUGCAGCUACAACUUGGCCCUUUCUCCGUCUCCUGUGAAGCUGAAAAUAGAAAAUCUGAUUACACAAUCAGGACUCUAAAAGUCAAAUUCAACAGUGAAACUCGAACUAUCUACCAGUUUCAUUACAAGAACUGGCCUGACCAUGAUGUGCCUGCAUCUAUAGACCCUAUCCUUGAGCUCAUCUGGGAUGUACGUUGUUACCAAGCGGAUGACAGGGUUCCCAUAUGCAUUCACUGCAGUGCCGGCUGUGGAAGAACUGGUGUUAUCUGUGCUAUCGAUUAUACGUGGAUGCUGCUAAAAGAUGGGAUAAUUCCCGAGAACUUCAGUGUUUUCACUUUGAUUCGGGAAAUGCGAACACAGAGGCCUUCAUUAGUUCAAACUCAGAAACAGUAUGAGCUGGUCUACAAAGCCGUCAUAGAACUAUUUAAGAGGCAUAUGGAUGUCAUCAGAGACAGACACUCUGGAACAGAGAUUCAAGCAAAGUAUCCAGUUCCUGAGCAAAAUCCCAGCCUGGAAGCAAACGCUUAUUCUCCUGAUUUACCGAAAAGCAUGAAAGAAGCAAAAGUGAUGAACCGACAGAGCAAACAAAGGAUUCCGGUGAAAAAUGCAGAAGCUCCUUCCUUUGAGCCAAGGACUUCUGAAAUAAGUGAAAAGGGAGGGUUGGCUUUGCAGCCUGCUAAACAGAAUAGUUCCUGUGAAUUUUUGGAACUAAAUUAUGGUUGUAACAAAAAUGCUGGCACAGCCAUGAAAUGGGAGACAAAGACAUUUCCAAUAGUUGGGGAGCCUCUUCAGAAAUAUCAAAGUUUGGACUUGAGCUCUGUUCUGCUUGGAGCAGGUUCUGAUUCUAAACCUGUGAAUGCAGCAGGAAGAUAUUUCAACGCAAAGGGGCCAAUAACGCGGACCAAGUCAACUCCCUUUGAACUGAUACAACAGAGAGACACCAAUGAGCUGGGCACGAAGGAAAAGUGUUCUUGUUUGGCAUCUCAACCGAAUAGUUGUCGUUUUGAGCAGGCUCAAAAAGCGAUGCAUGUUUCUUCAGCAGAACUGAAUUAUUCGCUGUCACGUGACUCAAAGCACCAAGUGUGCAAUGCCUCCAGUGCAAAGCAGCAUGACGCUAGGGCUUUUAAUGCACAUUCUCACAUGUCUUUAGUGGAUAGUCCUCAUUUUCCAUCGUCUCCAAGAAGUGCUGGCUCUAAGAUGUCUCUUGAUUUACCCGAGGAACAAGCUAGAACUGUGUUACCUUGUUCUUCGUUGCCAACAUCCUCUGCAACCCUAUUUUCUUAUUAUGAUCCAGAUGAUUCUUUAGCACUGAAUCCUCCAACCAAUUUCCCCUCCACACUGAACCAAGAGAUAGCAGAUGUCGCAACUUCUCCAAAAAUAGACGAUGAAACCCCCCCUCCACUUCCUGAGCGGACACCUGAAUCUUUCAUUGUGGUAGAGGAAGCUGGAGAAGUCCCACUGCAUGUUCCCCAAUCUUUACCUUCAGCUGGGAUGACAAAAAUUGGAACAUCACUAGAAUGGAGUGGAACAUCUCAAUCCAGCAAACCUGAUGACUUGGUGAGACUUAGGCCAAUCAAGAUUGUAAAACUCCGGAAUCCCAUAUCAGAUCUGCAUGAAGAUCGCUCUUCUCCUCCCCCUCCACUCCCAGAAAGGACCCGAGAGUCCUUCUACCUCGCUGACGAGGACUGUAUGCAGGCUCAACCUAUGGAGACUUAUUCUGCUAGCUGUCCUAACACCAUGGAAAAUUCAACAUCUUCAAAACAAACAUUGAAGACUCCUGGAAAAUGUUUCACAAGGAGUAAGAGUUUGAAAAUUUUGCGGAACAUGAAAAAGAGUCUCUGUACUUCUUCCUCACCAAACAAGCCUGCAGACUCUGUUCAGUCAAGUAACUCCAGCUCCUUGCUAAAUUUUGGUUUUGCAAAUCGUUUUUCAAAACCCAAAGGACCAAGGAACCCACCAUCAAAUUGGAAUAUUUAACAGAACUGUGGACUAUAGACUGCAAGUGCACCUGCAAAGAAAAAUUACCAGAACACAGCUAGCUACAGUAAAGUGCUCUAGAUUCGUAAUGUCAACAGUGCAGAUGUGGUAAUGUGGUAACAGCUCUUAAGAAAAGCAAUGCACAAUGAAGUGCCAAAAAUUUUACAUUGAAUCUCACUUACAUUGGGUUGGAAACAGCAGAGAAAGUUUGCCACUUCAGCCACAGGAGAAAGAGUUUGGGAAUGGAUUUUUUUCAUUUUUGGAAGUUAUUUAUAUUUGACUUUACUUUUCACAUAAAUAUAAACUUGAAGGAUUGGUAAGAAUUGGAUCUCAAUUAAAUGUCUACAUUGCCAGAAUUUACUUUAAUUUUUUUUUUAAAAACCUUAUCUUGUGGUUGAAAUACAAAAUUACUGCUUAUGACAAUGACUGUCCCCUGGGAGUUAUUUUUGCCUAAAUGGAGUAUAUCUUGAACAUCUUCCCAAAUGUUGUGGGAAACCAGAAUAGUAAGAAAAGAAGUUAUAUUUAAGAGAAUAAAAUAUGUAAAAAAUGA